AUCUGUAUCACGGCAACCGACCCUCUCUCUCUCUCUCUCUCUCUAUAUAUAUAUAUAUAUAUAUUUCAGGUACUCGAAACCCUACCUCAUCAGAACCCUAAUUCCCUUCUUAUAUAGCGUGAAUUCUCACUAAUUUGAUCAAACCUCUGAUCUGUCAAACGUUUCUAGUCCUGUAAAUUACAUACCAAUUUUUUAAAUUCGCACAAAAAACAGAGAGAAGAGCAAAAUCGAAGUCUCUAUAACAAUCCUUGGCAUAAAUGUUAUCAGUGUUCGGAGAGGGUCAGGUUUUGAAAGACAUUUUCUGGGUUUUUGUGACGUGUUUGGAAGUGAAAGAGAAAUGGUGGGUGGUGGAAAUAGGAGGGAUGAAGGGUCGUUGAUGAUUAACAAUACCAACGUGUUUGCAGCGCUUGGGAAGAAGAAGAAGUCUGAUAAGGAUCGUGGGUCUUCGAAGAGUAAGGGUUCUUCGAAAUCAAAAUCGAAAGAGUCUGAGCCACAGGUUUUCUGGGCUCCAGCACCAUUGACAGUGAAAUCGUGGGCAGAUGUUGAUGAUGAGGAUGAUGAUGAUUACUAUGCCACCACUGCACCGCCUCAGUCGGUUUGGGGUUCGUCGGAAUCUCAAGAGACUAAGGACAAUCAAGCACAUGUUGAGGAAAGUGAAAGUGAAGAAGACAUUCUUGAUGAGGGUGAUGAGGAGGCAGAUGAAGAGCAUGACCAAGAACCAGAAGGCCCAGUACAACCCAAGCCUGUGGUGAAUAAGGCCUCUGAAGUUUCUUCAGCACCUAAAGAGGCAGAAAGGCAGCUUUCUAAGAAGGAAAAGAAGAAAAAGGAGCUUGCAGAACUCGAGGCUCUUUUGGCCGAUUUUGGAGUUUCCCCAAAUGUGGAUAAUGCCCAAGAUGAGUCGCGAGAUGUGAAAGAGAAGAAAGAUGGAGACACAAAUGGAGUAGGAGCUGGUGAAAAGAAUGAGAAUGUACCUUCAGAGUCCAAAAGUGCAAAGAAAAAGAAAAAGAAGGAUAAAUCUUCCAAGGAGGUCACGGAACUGCAAGAUCAAGCCAACAGCUCGGACGUCACCAAUGGACCGGAGGAAACUGCUGGGACCGAACAGGGAGCAGAAGAAGAUGCAUCUGCUGUUGAUGUAAAAGAGCGGCUAAAGAAGAUUGCUGCUGCAAAGAAGAAGAAAUCCAAUAAAGAGUUGGACGGUGCCGCCAAAGCUGCUGCCACAGAGGCUGCUGCAAGAAGUGCAAGACUUGCUGCUGCGAAAAAGAAAGAGAAGAAUCACUAUAACCAGCAGCCGGCACGUUAAGAGCCCUUUCUGUUUGACAUUGAUACGAGGAUACCUUUGGUUGUUCAUUUGCCAACGCAGAAUAAUCAGAGCGGGCUGUGGGUGGUGCUGAUUUGAAGACAGAUGACCUUUUGUAGUUUUUCCAUGGGUGUAGUGUUUCAUAAAAACAGAAAACUCAAUGCAAAAUUUUUAUCAAGAGAAUUUCAAAUCAAAAGCCCUUUCAGAAAGGUUAUGUAA